AAGGGGUUCGAUUGCGUCGCUGCACCGCUGCCUUCCGGGUCGGGCUGAGCCGAGGGGAGCCGGGCCAUGGGGCAGAUCGAGUGGGCCAUGUGGGCCAACGAACAGGCGUUGGCGGCCGGGCUGAUCAUGCUGACCGGAGGAGUCGUGGCGGUGGCUGGGCAGUUCAAGGGCUGGUACUUCGCUGCGUACGCCAUUGCUGCAGGUGCCUUCGUCUGCCUGCUGGAGUACCCACGCAGCAAGAGGCAGAAGGGCUCCACCAUGGAGCGCUGUGGCCAGAGGUACAUGACGGCAGUGCUGAAGGUGUUUGGACCCCUCACCCGGAAUUAUUACAUCCGUGCCAUCCUGCAUGCAGCGCUAGCCGUCCCUGCUGGCUUCCUGCUUUCCACCAUCCUGGGCACUGUCUGUCUGGGCAUUGCCAGUGGCAUCUACCUGCUGGCAGCUGUGCGUGGGGAGGAGUGGCGACCCAUUGAGCAGAAGCCCCGGGAGCGGCCCCAUAUGGGGGACACCAUCAAGCAGCCCCCCAGCAACCCCCCACCGCGACCCCCUGCUGAUGCACGCAGGAAGCAGAUGGUCGAAGUGGGGGGGCAGGUGAACCCCAUCCCUGUAGAGGUUGAGUAACACAGAGCAGGGGGUCCCUGCUGCUGCACUCACUUCCCAGCUUCACCCCUCACCCCCCCACUGGUCCCCAAACCCCUGGGGGGGGGGGGGGGGUCUUCCUCCCCAGCUCCUGAGUGAUUUCAGAAUCCCUGGGGGCUGUUGAGAUGCCCGCCCCAUGUCCCAGGGGACUCUGCCAGCCACGCAGCCCCACUGUGCUGCUGGGGUUCACGCAGCUCUGCUCGCUGCACCACCUUUUCACAUUUUGUAUGUUGUCAUUUGUUUUUUUUUCUUCUUUUCUUUUUUCUCUGGUUGCUUUUUACAAUAAAAGGACUGAAAGGCCCCAGA